AUGGCCAGCACCGACAUACACAGAAUCUUCUACAUCCCAGAGAUUCUGGAGAGGAUUCUUCUAGAUUGUGAUAUCUGUACUCUGCUCACAUCUGUCCAACGAGUGUGCCACUACUGGCACGACCUAAUCCUGAGCUCUGGUCCCCUCCAGGAAGCUCUCUUUUUCAAACCAGCCAAACGCCCUAGCACAGAUCGUAUCAGUAACCCACUUUUACGAGACAAGUUGUGGCCACAGUUUUUCAGGAAGCGGUUUCAGUUGCCUGAUGAGUUUUUCCUUGACGAGAUAACGUAUACCUUCUCCGAUAUUGAUCCCAUUGACGAAGAGGUGUAUCUCCGCAAGAAUGCCAGCUGGCGACGCAUGUUGAUCCAACAACCCCCGACCCCGUAUAUUGGGAUUAUCGAAGCAUACCCUGGACGGCAACAAGACCGGCCUUCAUUUACCAGAGUUACAUUCCGUCGCCACGGUGGAUCUUUUCUCAUGCCGCUUCUCCUUGAUGGAAUAGUCACGGCAGCAUUGAUGCCGCAGGAGAAGCCGUGGGUUUUCUGCGACUUAGAUUGGGUUAGGGCGAACGAGAUAAGCUCUACUGGAGAGAGCACGGUGGAGGAUUCCGAGGAAAGUGCAGAAUCAACAGAUUCGUGCGACUCCGACCAGGAAUGGUUUAGGGAGGAUGAGACAAGUUCUACUGGAAAGCGCACAGUGAAGGAUGGACUUUUGGAAGAUAUGCACCAACUGCAAAGCGCGGUAUCACAAUAUCUACGCAAGCAGGAAUGGUUUCGGGCGAAGGAGAUAAGCUCUACUGGAGAGAGCACGGCGGAGGAUCUGGAGGAUAGUGCAGACUCAACAUAUUCGUGCGAUUCUGACCAGGAAUGGAUUUGGGAGGACGAGACAAGGUCUACUGGAGAGCGCGCAGGAGAGCGCACAGUGAACCAAGUUGUGCGCGAGCUAAUGGCAAAACGAUGGGUUCGCUGGACUGGUGGCUACGCUCAUUGCGGAACUUCCGAAUUAGUGAAACACGACGCCGUGAACGGAUUCGGUGCUUUGAAUACUUUGAACCUGCUCCUUACUUUUGCUAGUGUUGUUCCGCUUUCUUGA